AUGGGCGGGGCUUCCAGCACGCGCCGGGUCACCUUCGAGGCGGACGAGAAUGAGAACAUCACCGUGGUGAAGGGCAUCCGGCUUUCGGAAAAUGUGAUUGAUCGUAUGAAGGAAACUUCUCCAUCAGGCUCGAAGUCUCACCGAUAUUCCUCAGUUUCUGAUGAAGAACUGAAGAGAAGAGUAGCCGAAGAACUGGCCCUGGAGCAAGCCAAGAAAGAGUCUGAACACCAGAAACGACUAAAGCAAAGCAAAGAACUGGAACGAGAGAGGGCUCUUGCCAAUGAGCAGUUAACCAGAGCUAUUCUCCGAGAGAGGAUAUCGAGUGAGGAGGACCGCUCGAAGGCAAAACACCUGGCAAGGCUGCUGGAAGAGAAAGAUCGAAUGAUAAAGAGGCAAGAUGCAUUCUACAAAGAACAGCUGGCUCGACUGGAGGAAAGGAGCUCAGAGUUCUACAAAGUCACCACUGAACAAUAUCAGAAAGCUGCUGAGGAGGUGGAAGCAAAGUUCAAGCGGUAUGAGGUUCACCCAGUCUGUGCAGAGCUGCAGACCAAGAUUCUCCAGUGCUACCGCCAGAACGCCCAGCAGACCCUCAGCUGCUCUGCGCUGGCCAGCCAGUACAUGCGCUGUGUCAAUCAGGCCAAAGAGGAAAAAAAAAAUCCUAAAAUUUCCAAAGAACCACAAAAGACUCCCAAUAGUCCAAGCAAUCCUGAGAAAGAAAAAUAA